GCUGUCAGCGUGUGUGUUAGAAUGUCUCGUGCCGAGAAGGCUUGAGGCUGUCAGUUACACUGCACGGCCUGACGCACAGACCUCAGACCGGCGAAUUUAUCCAAAAUAUAAUGUUUAGUCGCGUAUUAUUGUGACCAACGGACUCCGAGACGUUUGAAGGAAAAGGGUGUGUGUCAGUAUCAGUGCAGCCAUGCUGUCCAGAUUGAGCACGAGCGUGAGGCCGUGUGUGAGCAUGUGCCGAUGGGUUCACACUAAAGAGAAGGGGAAACCGCUCAUGCUCAACCCACGUACCAACAAGGGCAUGGCCUUCACUCUGAAGGAGCGGCAGAUGUUGGGCAUUCAUGGUCUGUUGCCACCAAAGAUCGAAACCCAGGACACCCAGGCCAUGCGCUUCCAGAAGAACCUGAAGAAGAUGUCCGACCCACUGCAGAAGUACAUCUAUCUGAUGGGGAUUCAGGAAAGAAACGAACGCCUCUUCUACCGUGUACUGAUGGAAGACAUCGAGGCUCUCAUGCCUAUCGUCUACACGCCUACUGUUGGUCUCGCAUGUACACAGUAUGGACAUAUCUUCAGGCGACCCAAAGGUCUGUUUAUCUCCAUUAAGGACCAAGGACAUGUUCGUUCUAUAUUGGAUAAUUGGCCAGAAACCAGUGUCAAGGCUGUAGUGGUGACAGACGGUGAGCGUAUCCUGGGUCUGGGUGAUCUAGGAGUGUAUGGGAUGGGUAUUCCUGUGGGAAAGCUGUGUCUUUAUACGGCCUGUGCUGGAAUUCGGCCUGAGAGUUGUCUGCCGGUCUGCAUUGAUGUAGGGACGGAUAACGAGAAGUUACUGAGGGACCCGUUCUACAUGGGUCUGUAUCAGCGGCGUGACCGCUCCCAACGCUACGACGAUCUUAUAGAUGAGUUCAUGGAAGCUGUGGUGGAUAAGUACGGGCAGGACACCCUAAUCCAAUUUGAGGACUUUGGGAAUCACAAUGCCUUUCGAUUCCUGAAGAAAUACCGUGAGAAGUACUGCACCUUCAAUGAUGACAUCCAGGGCACUGCAUCAGUAGCUCUGGCAGGUUUACUGGCAGCUCAGCGUGUUGUGAGGAAACCAAUAACUGAACAUAAAGUUCUCUUUCUGGGGGCUGGAGAGGCAGCUCUUGGAAUUGCUAACCUGAUCGUCAUGGCCAUGAUGGAGUCGGGAAUGUCUCAGGCAGAAGCCAGAAAGAAAAUCUGGAUGUUUGACAAAUAUGGUCUGUUAGUGAAGGGCAGGGCUUAUGAGACUGAUAGUAAUCAGGAGGCUUUUGUUCACCCUGAUCCCGGGGAUGUGAAAAGCUUCUUAGACGCGGUCAAUGUUAUUAAACCCACAGCGAUCAUCGGUGUGUCAGGUGCCGGCCGGCUUUUCACUCAUGACGUCAUUAGAGCAAUGGGCAGCUUGAACGAGCGUCCGAUUAUCUUCGCCCUCAGCAACCCCACCGCCAAAGCAGAGUGUACAGCUGAAGAUGCCUACAGCCUCACACAGGGACGAUGUUUGUUCGCCAGCGGCAGUCCGUUUGCACCCGUGUCACUAGAAGAUGGCAGAAUACUGACUCCUGGACAGGGCAACAACGCUUAUAUAUUCCCAGGUGUAGCUCUGGCUGUUAUACUCAGUGGAGUGCGACACAUCAGUGAUACGGUCUUCCUUGAGGCCGCAAAGACGCUGGCGGAUCAGCUGACAGACGAAGAGCUGAGUCAGGGCCGACUGUAUCCACCCCUGUCCAACAUCAGAGAGGUGUCACUGCAGAUGGCCAUCAAGGUGGUGGAGUAUGUGUAUUCCAGGGGAAUGGCGUUUCGAUACCCAGAGCCUGUGGAUAAGGAAGCGUACGUCAGAUCCGUAGUGUGGAACACCAACUACGAUUCAUUUCUGCCCGAGAUAUACGACUGGCCCGGGGUUUCUCACAGCCCUGUAGUAGACUAGACGAACACACCAGAAACCACCAGACAGAGAGAAGCAGAACAAAAACCAGGAAGUCUGAAGCAAGCUUUCAUUCUUCUGUUUUACGCGCUCAUUUUUUUCUAGUAUUUAUUCAUAUUUCUGACCCUUUGUUUAAAUUGGAAUUUCAGUUUAUAGACGAAAUCUUGAUCUUGUACGUGUCCAAAGAAUAUUUCACUCCAGAAUCAAAAGAAAUAAAUACUAAAUAAUAUUUUGCAUAAAGAAAAUGACAGUUAGGCACGUUUUACCAAAAAUGCACUGUGAAAAAUAUUUCAUUUUUUACAUUUAAAGUUAUUUAUACAUCAUAGUAUUUAAUUGUAUUUUAUGCCAUUGGUAUUACACUUCUUCACUCAAAUAUAGAAAAAAAAAAAAAUGUUCUAAUGCCUAAUUUUCAUGAAAAUAGUUUGACAUUGCAACAUAUCUAAAUGGUUCUAAUUAAGCUUCAUUUUCUUUAUGCAAAAUAUCUAUUUUAUUUAAUUUUUUUGCACCAUUACCCCUUUUUCUCCAGUGUCGAGUUUAAUAGCGUGCCUUUCCACUCCUCUCAGUUGUUUUUAUAUGCUACCUGCAAUGAAAUCUUUUCUAAAAUGAAGUCACACUCCAUUUGUUCAUCACGUUUGUGUUUGUUUCUUGUUGUCGUAAAGAUCCAGUACAGGACAUGAAGGACUAGGCAGAGUUGCACAAUAUUACAGUCAUUGCAUUAUGGAGUAUAUUUGUAGCUGUGGCUGUGAGUUUUUAGGGCAUUUACCAGCAAAUAUUUACACGCUUAGAAUAUAAACAUGUUUUUUAUAGUAGUAAGAUAUUAAUGCCAUGUAACAAAAGAAACCUCAACAUAGUCAUCUGUUUGAAAAAUGACUGGCUGACUGUGUAUUAUCCGACUUAUUACACAGCUGCUUCCCAUUUAAAUCAAUAUAUGGACAUGAAAUAUUGAUCUGAGCUUAAAUUAUGAAAUAGAGAAGAAUGUGGAGUUAAUUUAGAGAUACAAUACUAUUACAGCUAUAUAGGUGCCAUGCAACAGUAUAGCAGCAGCAUGAUAUUAAUAUCUCAAUGCAGAUUGCACCUAUUGAUCAUCGGACAAAAUAUGUACCAAAGUGCCUGCUUGUGUAUCUUUAUAUAGUCACUGCACGUCAUGUGAUAGAAAUUGUAUUUGCCAUAGUAAAUGCAAUAGCCAAGAAUCACAAGAACAACACAUUAUAAUCAUUCACAGUUUGAAAACUGCAUAUUGAAGUUUUAUUCUACUUUCAGCAAGCCAAAAUAACUAGUGAACACUCUUAUACUGAGGACCAACACAGGGAUGUUUCAUUUGUCAGUCCUUCGACACUUUAUUAGUUGGUGUGAUCAAUGUUGUACUGCUGUAUUGACACCUGUAUGUUUCUAAACACAGUCCUUCCUCGCAUCUAGAAUUAGUGAGGAGGUGCAUUGUGGGUAGAGAUUAUUUUGUUAUGUGGUGCUGCUUAGUGUCUGAACACUAGAAGCUGCUCAGAAUCCUGUGUGCGCUGUUACAAGUGCAGAAUAAAAGUUUGUGCUUGAAUCA